AUGCUUUCAAUCCAAGAAUCAGAUUUCUCACUAUCGGAAUUGAUUCGGGGGUUAAUCUAUUAUCUUUGCAGCCAAAUCAAAAAUGUACAAAAUGACCAUCAACAGCAAAAAUGCAUGCUCGUGCUUUCUCAUCUGAAUGAUAUUAUCAUUGAUCUAAUGAUUCGGAACAAUUCAAUUACCUGCUUUCGUAAACUAAGCACUUCAAAGGAAAGUUUUUGGGUAUUGGGAAUAUUUAUCUCAAUUUCAUGAAAUGGUGCAACAAACCCAACCUACCUUCUUACUCCCCCCGAAAAAAAAAAAACCCUUUUUUAGCAUAUAGGAAUUGCCCGAGGAUGGUGCAAGAUAGCGCCAUCCUCGGGCAAUUACUAUACAAAUAAUAUAAAAUAUUUUUAUGAAAAAAAACUUGACAUAUAAAUGAUAAUUAGUAUAGUGAAAUCUCUAGCUAAUUCUGUUUAAUUUAAGCAGCUUUCAUUUUAAACAUAAAUUUUGCAAAUUAAAUUAAUAUUUGCUUUCCAUUUUUGCGAAUUGGGAUUUUUUUAAACUUCGAAAAAAAAUUUAUUAAAAAAUUAUAUAUAAAUUUAAAAAAAAAAAUAAUUCAUAGUGAGCGAUCAAAUUUUUUUGUUCAUUCACGGAAAGGAGAGUUAGUAUCAGCGUAAGUUAAGGACCUUACAGGCAUGUGAAAGGAUGAUCCAGCGUCUCUGCCCUCGAGUAACGAGCACAGCCUAAUUAUUGUUAUGAGCAACACAGUGCAAGCCGUUCCGAAGUUGCCAAGUAAGCGGUAGAGCGAUACAGAGGCGAAUAGUGGCCUAAAAUUAGUCUCCAGGGAGCUUCUCUUAUAAUCUUUAUUAAGUUUAAGCGAAUAUUAAUCCCCAAAUUUUAG